AUGUCUUCGCCACUGUCCGCUGCGAUGAAAGUUGACCGCACGACCGUCCUGUUGGGCGUGGUCGCGGUCGUGUUGAUCGGUCUCGCCGUGUUCCUUCGCCCUCCCCCGCCGCAGACGCACCCGUUCUUGCUCGGUCGCCAGUCGACCUCGGCCCCGACGCGCAAGCCGAGCGAGUCGCCCGUCUACGGCAGUUCGUCGACGGGAGGCGUCCGAGCCCCGAUUCGACCGGACAAGAGCGUGAAGCGACUGCGCGACGUGCUCGAGCGGUCAAAGUCCUGCUUCGAAGGCGGCGAACAAGGCAGCGUGUGGAUUCACCGCGGCGACAAGCUGCUCGACGUCGUCCUCGCCGUCAAGCACGGCCUUCUGUCGACCCUCGGGAAAGGGGAUGAACCGGUCGCGGUUGUCAUUGAGCAUCCUGCAGGUAGGUACCACCCCGUCUCUUGCUACCUAGCCUUUGUCGCAUCCUUUGGUGCUGACGCAUCCUUUGGUGCCUGCACACCCAGACGCUUUCGUCGCCACCCUGGCCCUGUCGUUGACGGCCCAUCGACCGAUCGUCAUUGCGCCUGGGAGCAAGAUCCCCGCCGACCUCGAGCCGGUCGGGGCCAUCAUCUACUCAGCGUCGUUCCUCUCGACCGUACAGUUCAUUCCGGGCUCCUCUGAAGCCAAGACGAUCGUGCUCGGCGCGAGUGACGAAGAGGAGGAUCGCGGCGAUGCCGAGUACGACCCUCCGACCGUCGCUGCAGAACUCUUGAUCACGGGGCGCAGUCUCCUCGCCGAGGCCAAAGAAGCGGCCGACAAGUCCCCCGAAAGGCUUUCGGAGGAGGACGAGGUUGAUCCCAAAGACGUCGCGCUGACGAUCGUCUCUGACGGCGUCGCCUUGCCUUUGACCCACAUCGUGAGUGCUCCAAUAUUGGUGCCAAAACCCGCGGUGUCGCCCUCGUCUGAGCCACCAUCCCUCAAACACCCACAGAACCUUACCGCCUCGAUCGUUUCGUUUUCGACGCUCUUCCUUUCCUCCCCGAAACCGUUGCGCCCCACCAUUUACGACUCGCUGCUGUCUCUACACCACCCUAGCACGCCCUACGGCUUCGGGCUCGCACUCUUCACCGUCUACACGUCGUGCUCCCUCGCGCUCCGCACGUUGCCGGAGGAAGCGACGCACGAGGACCUCGAGCAACUCCUCGCGCCGACCCGAUCGAACGGUCCUCCCGCCACGCUCGUGUUUGGGCCGACCUCGCGCCUCUCGUUCCCGCUGUACCGCCUGCUGCUGAGCAGGAUGCUCGGCGACUCGGCGGCCAUCAUCCGACAGUCGCGCAACAGCAAGAUCCGGCUGCUGCGCGAAGGCGUCAUCACGCGCGAUUCCGUGUGGGAUUCGCUCCUCUUCAAGGGCGUGCGCAAGGACGCGCACCUCACGCGACUCCGCGCCGUCUUCUUCACUUGCUCCGCGGGGGCGGACAACGAGAUGGGUCUGCCAUUGGAACAGGCUCGAGCCGAGAUGUUCAAGGCGACGUUGGGGAUCCCCGUCGUGUCCGUGCUGGCGCACUCGGCGAUCUGUGGGCCCAUCGCGAACUCGAUCUACUAUGACGCCCAGCGAUUACCCAGCCCCGUCGGGACGCAGGACGAAGCCUCGGAUAGGACCCACGUCGGCGCGCCUUCGGUCGGGGUCGAGCUCAAACUGAUUGGCUGCGACGAAGCGCAGAUCCAGCACGAACAACGCUUCAAGGGCGAGAUCGUCGUUCGUACCCCGGUGCUACCUCACCCCAAGACGCUGCCCACCAUACACAUGAUCACGGACGAUGAACUGCCGGCCUUGCCACCGUAUCCCGACGCCAAGAAAGCGACCGUUGAGGACGAUGCCGGCAAGUGGUUCAAGACGAGCAUUCAGGCAGAGAUGGGCAAGGAGGGCGCUCUCUGGUUGUUGUAG